AUGACCAGCGGAGAAACAAUAUAUCUGGAGAGAGAACGCCGUCUUUCCGAUCGAAAGGGAGUCCAUCAUCACAUGCUAUGUGGGAGACUCAAGGCGGAUCUUGUGAAUCAUGCAAGAGGAAGAAGUGCAAAACCUAUUUGUGGACAGUGUGCUUCCUCACCACAACUUUGCAAAUACGCCGAGAAUAAUAAGAGGGGGAUACCAGGAGGCUAUCUCGGUGCUUUGGAGAAUCGGCUGAAUGAAACCGAGAUAGCGCUCUACAACGCUCUGUGCGAGCUUCGAAAACUCAAAUUAGAGAGUGCGUUUACCGACCAUCCCGACUUGUCUGAACCUCUGCAAUCUCGCCAGGCAGAUGGAAACAAGUAUUCUCGGAUGAACGAGUGGGUUCGGUAUCCUCUGAAAAGGUCGGACGAACUUGAAAUUUGGUGGAAUUCGGUGGACAAAAACAAAGUACUUGAAGAUCUGAGGGAAGAGCAACCUGAUCUAAAUAUGCUCUUUCGCAAUGAAGAACCUUUGGACCUUCCCAAUGCUGGAAAACAAUACCAACAGCAAGAACGGCUAUUAUCCGAAACUCCUCAUUGCCACCAAUCUCCAGUUGCAAUUUCUUUUGGCUUGGUAGGUCAACAUACAGUUCAUGAUGUUCAGGAAAAUUUCCGGCCUGAAAUAACAGCUCCAGGAGAAAUAACAAGCGACCGGGGGGUACCUUCAUCGCACAAUACGAGGAUACAGCCUCUGGGAUAUCCAGAUACUACAAAUGAUUUAAGUUCAAUUCAAGGCCAAGUCGGGAACUGGACCAGUGAUUCAGUAGGAGGUGGCUUGAACCCGGAGGGUGCGACAGUGGCUGGCGCUGAAACGAAUCGUUCAAAAGAACUGUCUUCAAGGAUGAGAUAUAAGUAUUAUUGA